CGAUCUUUUCUUGGUGCAUUGUCUCUGAGCUUCUACCAAUCAUGUCGAAUUGGUGGCAGACCAGUGAUGUGAACGCAGUUGCGGAUGCUGCUAGGGUCUUGAAAUUUCAUGGUCUGAUGUCGACUACAAAGGCGCAUCCGGCACCUCCUUUUGCGUCGCCAUUGACCUUGGGACGUCAAUUACCUGCCGUGUGUCGGUGACCAUGAACGGUGCGAGAAUUCGUCUUGACCUCCUCCAUUCCGAUAUUCUCUCGCGGAUUGUGAGAUUUCUCCAGCCUGGGGAUAUUGAAGAGCUAUCUUGCGUCAGCAAGCGACUCAGGAACGCGUCAAUCCCCGUGCUCUUCAGGGCUGUCAGAUUUGAAUUCUCCCGGUCCAGCUUGAAUGGAUUGAAACGCCUUUCCGGUUCCGAUAUAAGACAUCAUGUGGUGUCAUUGACAUACGUUGCCCCGGAGAUCUUGAAGCCUGAGAUUCUCGAUUCGGAGUGUUUCAGUUCCGAACUCUUAACGCCCGAUGACUACUCGGACUGGAUAUACGAGGGCCGUGGAUUCCUACCAGACGAUUGCCCACCAUACUUGCUAGUACAUGAUGUGUUACGCGACAUCUGUGAAGAGCAACAACAAAUUAUGACAGACCACCUCGAUAAGACUGCUUUAUUCUCCAUUUUCACAAGGCUCCCUAGAUUGAAAACUAUGAGCCUGAGUUUCUGUCCGACGAUAGAAGAGGAAGAAUGGAUAGGCUCUGUCUUGGCUCGGGGCUUGACAAAGGAGGAGUCUUGUGAAUACCAUUCCAGAGCUAUUCGGAAUGCUAUUGAGGUUGCAAGGGACUCCACCACAACUGAAAGCACCGUUCGAGUCCUCAUUACCGACCAGCCUGCUUAGAGUCUGAUGAAACGGUGAAUAUUUCAAGGAGACAGCUCGGUGACCGCGACCGGCAUGCCUGCCGACACCAACCUACAAUAGGCUCCGCACUUUGUGCAAUUGGAGCCUACAGUCUCACAUCCGCAAAGGCGCCGAACAUUGAGCAUGUGUCAACAACCGGGCAUACCGAUCAACAAAGUUGAUGGCCUCUUUGUUCAGCAUCAGAGCUGCCCACGCUGCUAUGGACACUGCGAAAAAGCAAGUCGCCGAAGUUCUACGCAGUAGGCAAACAGGUCGACCGGAAUGGGAAGGACUAGGAGACUACUUCAGGGCCAAUGAUCUGAGCUAAGCGAGAUGGAUAUCUGACUGUAAGAUAGAGAUAGCUAGCCGCAUCAAUAGAGCCGGAUAGUCGCAGAGGAGACUUGUUCAGCAUUUUUCUCUUGAAG